GAUUUUGUACUUUGGACACCAAGAAUCCUUCACAUAUUUACAGACGACUGAGAGGAACGCAGAAGUGCAUGCGGACUGUAAAUUCAUCAUGUUUCAUCUACAGAAUAUCGGUGCCUUCAUAAUAAUUUUUGCCUCCAUUUGUCAGGCUCAAGCUGGUGGUCAACGGGCGUCAUCAGAUACGGCUAAAGUCACAUUACAGCCGUGGCUGGUGGGACUGACAGCCGUUGUUGUUUUUCUCUUUAUUGUCUUCGUCCUCCUCAUCAUGCAAAGACUCUUUUUCAAGAAAAACAAAGAUGAGCUAGAAGAAAGGCAUUCAUUUUAUGAAAAGAAAGCAGCUGAUCUGGAGGCAAAUGAAGAGACCAAGCAGACCACUUUCUAAUGAGAAGAACAGAUGAUCACAGUCCUGCAGCACAAACAUCUUUCUCUCUCUGGAAAUUAUGCCACAACUUUGUGCAGAGUCAUUCUUAUAUAAUUAUAUACUAUCUUAUGUAAUAUAUCUUUUUAACUUAUUAAUUUUGGUCUUCGUUUUUUUUUUUUUUUUGUCUUCACAAGUGUUGUUCCUCACAUCAUCCACUAGAUGGAGCAGCCUUCAUCUAGUCACAGCUUUAACCUAAAGUUAAAAUAAAAAAGGUUCAAAUAAAGUGGUGCUCUCUCUCUCUCUCUGUUUUUUUAAUUUUUUUAUAAUUAAUUGAUUUUUUUGGCAAUACACAUUUUACUUACUUUGCUGUAACUGUAACUUAGGUAAGGUUUAAACAUUCAUUAGGGUAUUGAGAACAUUGGAAUAGAAGAGCACACACUCAUGCACAUAAUGCUCUGAUUAACUGGCUUUUUACUCAUAUGACAUGUCUGGGUUCUGCAUGCAUAUAUAUGCUAAAUUUACAUGGGUAUGAGAUCCAUUACUCAUUUUGACUGGCAGUUUGGACAUGUUAAACGCUUCCAGUCAAAUGAUGUAACACGGUUUUGCUUUUGAAAGCAUUUGCUCGUCUCGGGGGAUUAUAUGAUGAAAAUAUCAUUUGCAGAAAAAAUGGCCAGGUGUUUAAACGUGUUAAUGAUGGAGAACAUUAUUGUACAGUGUUAAAGUUAAAGUAGACUUUGGUCUACUUUACAAUCUGUGAUUAGUAAGACUACUGAGCUGUUAGUGUUGACGCGUGAUUUUUAUAUUGAUAUGGUGCCUCCUUUCAUGCUUGUGAUUACAUAAAAGCUAAUCUUUGCUUCCAGUUUUACUUAAGAACUGCUGGUAUUUCAUAAUAUUUUAAUUAACAUUUAAUUGUGAGUAGACAGCUGAUACUGUUGCCCUGGCUGUGCUUCUCAAGGUUUACAUACAUGGGAAACAGUUUAGCUGAAACAGUGCUGAUGAGUGACAGUAACUAAGCCUACAGUCAGCAGCAAUAAGUGAAGCAUGAAACCAGAGAGAGAGAGAGAGACUUCACUUCUGUCUCCUCUUUCUCAUUUCAGACUGCUGCCUUGAAAUUUUUAUUUGGUUGUUUUUAUUCUGGUUCCUGAGCGACGUCAUCUUUGCUCCAUGCAUCACUUGGGAGCUGGUGACAGAUGAAUUAUUCGUUCUCUUCUAACGUUCAUUACUGUGAAGUUAAACGACAAAACCUCAGAUAAAAACAUUCUGAAGAGAUUCUGAUGAAACAACCAUCAGUGAAUCAGCUGAGCUCUGCAGAUCUGAUUUCAAUCUGUUUCUUUUUCAUGAAUCAAUAAAUCUAAAUCAAUAAAUGCUAUCGCUCAAAGGUUUUUUGACAUUUUUUAUGUCUCUUAUGCUCACCAAGGCUGCAUUUAUUUGAUUCAAAAUACAGUAAAACAGCAAUUUAAAAUAACCUUUUUUUCUGUUUCAUUAUGUUUUAAUGUCAUUUAUUUCUGUAAUUGAAAAAGAUGAAUUUUCAGCAGCCAUUAGUCCAGUCUUCAGUGUCACAUGAUCCUUCAGAAGUUAUAUGCUGAUUUGGUGCUUAAGAAACAUUUCUUCUGAUCAAUUAUUAUUUUUGUAUAAAUUGGGAUCAUUUUCAGGAUUCUUUUAUGAAUAGAGAUCAGAAAGAACAGUAUAGAAGAACUUUUUUGUAACAUUGUAACAUUUUUUAUCAAAUGAAUGCAUCCUUGCUAAAUAAAACUGUUAUUAAAAAAAGAAAGAAAAAGAAAUACCAUUUAAAAAAAAAUAAAAUA